CAUAGAAGUUCAGCUAAAUGUUUUUUGGGUACCUUUGGAUUAGAUUUAAUACCUAGAAAUGGUUAUCUUGAUUCAACAGAAACAGGAGGGGCCAUACCAGAAGAGCACUUUCCACUAAGAACAACAUGCUUACUGAGUUUGGAGUGAGCACAUCCAUCUUGUGGUUAAUGAGACCUAUUGAAUGAAGGAUUUUGCUCUGAUGUUGCCAUCAGUUUCCUUAUAUUAGGGAUUGAAGGCAAAAGUUCUCCUCAACAUUGUUGAAGGUAUUCUAACCUUUACUAUCUACUGUGUCGGAUAUUAUGAGCAGCAUUUUACAUGUUAACCUUGCUCUGAGGUUUUCUUUAGUUAAAAAAGGAAACAGAUUUAAAAAUUCCCUUUUUCACACAGAGAGGGACAGAGUUAAAAUUGAAUUGUCUUUGGGGCCCCUGUGUUCUUUCUAGGACCUCAUACAGUGUUCUUUUCCUUAUCAGGUAAAUUCCUGUAGUGUCAGGUGCUCUUCCUGAAUUGUGUUCCUCAGCCCUCUGUAUGAAAUACCAGCUUACAUGUGGAUUUCUCUUCCAUCAGCUUUCUUAAGUGAGCAACAAAUCUAAAAAGCUCAGAUUUGGGGGCUGGGGUCGUGGCUCAGCGGUGGAGCGCUUGCCUAGCAUGUGCAAGACCCUGGGUUCGGUCCUUAGCACUACAUAAAAAUAAAUAAAUAAAGGUAUUGUGUCCAACUACAAUUAAAAAAAUUUUUUUUUUAAAGCUCAGAUUUUUAUUUUUUCACGCUAUGUGCUUGGUUGGUUGGUGAGCCUCUUUAUAUUUGUCCUCCCUCUUUCUGUUCCCACUCUUUUCUCCACAUCUCCCCAGAAAAUGUAUCCAGGUUGACUUAGUUCUGCCUCUUCAACUCCAGAAUUGUAGCAAAUUUUAAAAGAGUAAGGAGAAUGGAAUGUAGUGGGAAAUGUGAGGAGGAGACUACCAGUUUACCUUAUGUCUCAGCUCAUUUUCUGAUGCUGCAACAAAAUAAAACAGACUGGGUAAUUUAUAGAUAUUUAUUUGCCUUACAGUUCUAAAGGCUGGUAAGUCCCAGAGCAUGGUACCAGCACGUGGUCUUGGUGCUCCUGUAUCAUAACAUAGCAGAUGGGCAAGCUAAUGAUGUGCUAGACAGAGAAGAAAUCAGCCCAAACUCAUCCUUUUAUCAGUAACCCACUCCUGUGAUAGGGGCAUUAAUCCAUUCAUGAAGGUAGAAUCCUCAAGGCCUGAUAACUUCUAUUUUUUUUUUUUAUUUUUUAGUUAUAGGUGGAUACAAUAUCUUUAUUUUAUUUUUAUGUGGUGCUGAGAGUCGAAUCCAGUGCCUCACACAUGGUAGGUGAGCGUUCUACCUCUGAGCCAUAACCCCAGCCCCCUGAUCACUUCUUAAAGGUCCCAUCUCUCAACACAGUUACAGUAGCAAUUAAAUUUCAAUGAGUUUUUCAGGAGACUUUCAAACCAUAACACCUUGUCCAUAUACCCAGCCAUGCCGCUUUGGUGUGCCAGUGUAGCUCACAUACUCCAGAGUUUAUAAUCUGGAUAGUGGGGAUUUCCUUGGUGGUUGCUGAAGGAAAUGAAUGCAGGAGAUAAUUGAAAAUGUCUGAAGAGAGAAAGAUGAGAUAUUGGGGAGGCUAAGGGCAUCUAUACCUGCUUAGAACAGACUUUAACUGUUCUAGGUGUUAGCAAUUAAACCUUAACAAAAGGUUUAAUCACUUAGCAAAUAUAGUUCUAUCUUUUUAUAGAAAAGGAAAAUGAGGGCUGGGGCUGUAGCUCAGUUGCAAAGCGCUUGCCUAGCAAGUGUGUGGCAGUGAAUUCCAUCCUCAGCACCAUGUAAAAAUAAACAAAUAAGAUAAAGGUAUGUGUCCAUCUACAACUAUUAAAAAAUCAAAAUAAAGAAAGAAAGGGAAAUGAAUCCUUGCCCCAGCCAGUGUGCCUGUCCAAGGUUGUGUGGUCUGUAAAACAAUUGAGGCAGUACUGGAAUCUUGUGCCCAUUCUUCCAAUAAGCUCCACCUUGGAUUUUCAUGUGUCACAUAACAAACACUUCGAUUCUAAAUGAUUUGAGUCUUGCAGUAGACCUUUAGGGAAUGUUAAAAUACACAUUUCUAGAAGCAGAUUAAUAAAUCUCAUUAUUCUAUAACAGAAAUAUAUUUGACUUCAUGACUACCUUUGGCAGUCAUUCAUUUCCUUGGAGUUUGACUUUGAACAAAUCCAUGGUUUCUUUUCUGCUUUGAGUUUUUGCUUUUGUCAAGUAGAGAUAAUAAAUACUAGCUGUAUAUAUAAUGGGGUAUGAUGUUAAAGGAAGAGUAUCAUGAAAAGCCUCUCAUCUCUCAGACUCUUUAGGAAUAAGAUAUUGUGUUUUUAUGGUGUUUCAUAUGAAGCACUUGCCAUUGCUGAAUUUUAUCCAUGAUAGUACGAUAGGUAGAUCUCAGAUUGUAAAUUUUUGUUUUCUAAGUGUAAAAAUGAAUUUGGAGAGGUUAUGUAGCUGAUUAAACGACAGAACCCUGCAGUAAAUGCCCAUCUCUCUAUUCUGAAUCCAGUAGUUCCCAGCCACACCACCCUUUCUCUUCAUAAGCACAAUGUGCAUGAUGCUGCAGGGUCACCAGGGUGACCUUUCCUUACAGUCUGAGCAUUCAUUUCUUGUUGCUGAGAAGCUUAUUGAGUAAGGGCAGUGCCACUUUUCAGAAACAGUGAAGGAAAUGGCCUAGCCAGGAAGCAGGGCUACAUUACUAGAUAGCCCAAUAGAAGGGACCACUAUUCUCGCCCUUCUCAUGGGAGGCCCAUCUUGGGAGGCUGACAAAGGGUGGAGCUGACAGUGGGACUUUCUUUCCUGUUCAUUUUGGAUAGUAAGUGUUUAAAAAUGUCUCGUGAAACAUUCAUUGUUUAGUGGCUGGGUAUGUGCCAAAGUUCAUGGCUUGAAACCUCUGAGCAUCAUCAAGUAAUGGAGUAGUUCAGGCAGCAUUUUCUAAGACAUUUAUUAUGAGCCUUACUCUGUUAGAUUAGCAAGCAAAAAUCAUUGCUUACCUUGAAAUUAUUCUCAGGCUAGUCACUAAGGUUCUUUAAAGAGAAUUAAGGGCUCCUCAAAAGAAUAAAGAUUAGUAGUUCCUGGCAUUCAAGUCAGCUUUCUGUCACUGUGAUGAAAUAAUUGAGACACUCAACCCUUUUUUUUUUGUUUGUUUGUUUUGUUUUGUAGUGCUGGGGAUUGAACCCAGGGCCUCAUGCAUGCAAGGCAAGCACUCUACCAACUGAGCUAUAUCCCCAGGUCAGAGAUAAUCAACUCUUAAGGAAAAAGAUUAAGGUGACAGUGUCAGGUGGAUCAACUGCCAUCCCACUGCCCCCUCUGUUGGGCAGUACUGAGAGUGGGGAAGCAUGGAAGAGAAGAAGCAUGAGACCACGAACCAAGCUCAUGUCCUCUUUGACCGGUUUGUCCAAGCCACUACCUGCAAGGGAACCCUCAAGGCCUUUCAAGAACUCUGUGACCACCUGGAACUGAAGCCUAAAGACUACCGUUCCUUCUAUCACAAGCUCAAGUCCAAGCUUAACUACUGGAAAGCCAAAGCUCUCUGGGCAAAGUUGGACAAACGGGGCAGUCACAAAGACUAUAAAAAGGGAAAAGCAUGCACUAACACUAAGUGUCUCAUCAUUGGAGCUGGCCCCUGUGGUCUCCGCACAGCCAUUGAUUUAUCCUUAUUGGGAGCUAAGGUGGUGGUUAUUGAGAAGCGAGAUGCCUUUUCCCGCAACAAUGUCUUACAUCUCUGGCCCUUCACCAUACAUGAUCUUCGAGGUCUGGGUGCCAAGAAGUUCUAUGGCAAGUUCUGUGCUGGAGCCAUCGAUCAUAUCAGUAUACGUCAACUCCAACUAAUACUUUUGAAAGUAGCCUUGAUCCUAGGCAUCGAAAUACACGUCAAUGUGGAAUUCCAAGGACUUGUACAGCCUCCUGAGGAUCAAGAAAAUGAACGGAUAGGUUGGCGGGCACUGGUGCACCCCAAAACUCAUCCUGUAUCAGAGUAUGAAUUUGAAGUGAUCAUUGGUGGGGAUGGCCGUAGGAACACCUUGGAAGGAUUUCGCCGGAAAGAAUUUCGUGGCAAACUAGCUAUUGCCAUUACAGCAAAUUUUAUUAACCGAAAUACAACAGCAGAAGCCAAAGUGGAAGAGAUCAGUGGUGUGGCUUUCAUAUUUAACCAAAAAUUUUUCCAGGAGCUGCGAGAAGCCACAGGUAUUGAUUUGGAGAACAUCGUCUACUACAAAGAUGACACGCACUAUUUCGUUAUGACAGCCAAAAAGCAGAGUUUACUGGACAAAGGGGUGAUACUGCAUGACUAUGCUGACACAGAACUCUUGCUUUCCCGGGAGAACGUGGACCAGGAGGCAUUGCUAAACUAUGCCCGGGAGGCGGCUGACUUCUCCACGCAACAGCAGCUGCCCUCUCUAGAUUUUGCCAUCAAUCAUUAUGGGCAGCCUGAUGUGGCCAUGUUUGACUUCACUUGUAUGUAUGCCUCUGAGAAUGCAGCCUUGGUACGGGAACAGAAUGGACAUCAGUUAUUAGUGGCUCUGGUUGGGGACAGCCUCCUAGAGCCAUUCUGGCCCAUGGGAACAGGAAUAGCCCGGGGCUUUCUAGCUGCUAUGGACUCUGCCUGGAUGGUACGAAGUUGGUCUCUAGGAACCAGCCCCUUGGAAGUCCUGGCAGAGAGGGAAAGCAUUUAUAGGUUGCUGCCUCAAACCACUCCUGAGAAUGUGAGCAAGAACUUCAGCCAGUAUAGCAUCGACCCUGUCACUAGGUAUCCCAAUAUUAAUGUCAACUUCCUCCGGCCAAGCCAGGUGCGCCAUUUAUAUGAUACUGGAGAAACGAAAGAUAUUCAUUUGGAAAUGGAGAACCUAGUGAAUUCCCGAACUACCCCAAAGUUGACUCGCAAUGAAUCUGUAGCUCGUUCAAGCAAACUGCUAAGUUGGUGCCAAAGGCAGACAGAUGGUUACGCAGGAGUAAAUGUGACAGAUCUCACCAUGUCUUGGAAAAGUGGCCUGGCUCUAUGUGCAAUUAUCCACAGAUACCGUCCUGAUCUGAUAGAUUUUGAUUCUUUGGAUGAACAAAAUGUGGAGAAGAAUAACCAGCUGGCCUUUGAUAUUGCUGAGAAAGAACUGGGCAUCUCUCCCAUCAUGACAGGCAAAGACAUGGCCUCUGUUGGGGAGCCUGACAAGCUGUCCAUGGUGAUGUACCUGACUCAGUUCUAUGAGAUGUUUAAGGACUCACUCACCUCUACUGACACCUUGGACUUGAAUGCUGAGGAAAAAGCCGUUCUGAUAGCCAGCACCAAAUCCCCUAUCUCCUUCCUGAGCAAACUUGGGCAGACCAUCUCUCGGAAGCGUUCUCCCAAGGAUAAAAAGGAAAAGGACUUGGAUGGAGCUGGAAAGAGGAGAAAAACUAGUCAAUCAGAGGAGGAGGAAACUCCCAGGGGCUACAGAGGAGAAAGACCAACACUGGUGAGCACCCUGACAGACAGGAGGAUGGAUGUUGCUGUUGGAAACCAGAAUAAAGUGAAGUACAUGGCAACCCAGCUUUUGGCCAAAUUUGAAGAAAAUGCGCCUGCACAGACUACUGGCAUAAGGAGACAGCCGACACAAGAGCGUGGGGUCAGCCAGCCGACCUGCUGCCUGCCUGAGCAGGGUCUCCCUGCUCCCAUCCCCCAGUGGAAACAGCGACGGGAAAAGGAACGUUCUCGGACCUGCCCAAAAAAAGUGAUCACACUUUCUCCUCCCCCUACUUCACCUGCCUGUCAGGUGCACAGUGACCAGCAGACAUACAGGGAUCUUGAUGCUGACAGCCGUGGCAAGCAGAGUCCCCGCCAUGAGAGGACAGAGCCUGAACCUUCUCGUCGAUUUUUUGUUGACCAGUGGGAGCUUUCUCUUAAUCUCCGCUCCUCCAAUCGCCCUGCCUCUCCCUCCUCCGACUCCCUUCGACAGAAGUAUAUAAAGAUGUACACGGGCGGAGUGAGCUCAUUGGCUGAGCAGAUAGCCAAUCAGCUUCAAAGGAAAGAGCAGCCCAAAACCCUUCUAGACAAGAAGGAGCUGGGCUCCAUGAAGAAGGAGUUCCCACAGAAUUUGGGGGGCAGCGACACGUGCUAUUUCUGCCAGAAGCGGGUCUAUGUGAUGGAGAGACUGAGUGCUGAGGGCAAGUUCUUCCACCGGAGCUGCUUUAAAUGCGACUACUGUGCCACCACCCUGCGCCUCUCAGCCUAUGCCUAUGACAUUGAGGAUGGUAAAUUCUACUGUAAACCACACUACUGUUAUCGACUCUCUGGCUACGCACAAAGGAAGAGGCCAGCUGUGGCUCCUCUGUCUGGAAAGGAGGCCAGAGGACCCCUGCAGGAUGGCCCUACUGCAGACACAAGUGGACGGGCCAGUACCAUCACCAGCUCGGCUGAGAGAACUCCAGGUUCCAGUGUAAAUGGCCUGGAGGAGCCUAGCAUGGCCAAGAGGCUGAGGGGCACUCCUGAGAGAAUCGAACUGGAGAACUACCACCGGUCUGUGAAACGGGCAGAGGAGCUGGAGGAGGUACCUGAGGAAACGCAAGCCGAGCACAACCUGAGCAGCAUACUAGACAAGGGCACCGAAGAGGACGUGGCCAGCAGCAGUUCCGAGUCGGAAAUGGAGGAAGAAGAGGAGGAGGAAGAGGAGGAGGAGCAGCUGCCCACUUCUGACCUGGGUGGUGUUCCUUGGAAGGAGGCUGUAAGGAUCCACGCUCUUCUGAAAGGGAGGAGUGAGGAAGAGUUAGAGGCCUCCAAGAGCUUUGAGCCUGGGGAGGGAGAAGAGGAGGAGGAAGAGGAAUAUGAAGAAGAAGAGGAGGAAGAAUAUGACGAAGAGGAGGAGGAGUCCAGUGAAGAAGGGGAGUAUUGCCCCUGGGACAGAGAACUCCUGCAAGGCCAGUGGCUCCAGCAUCUCUCAAAGGAAGAAGAAACGGGUACUUGUAAAGCUGGGAACCACAGGCUACAGCAGAUACUAAAUCCAGCAGAUCCCUUGGCGAUCCAGGCUGAUGUGCACUGGACACACAUUCGUGAGAAAGAGGAGGAAGAAAGAAUGGUCCCAACCUCUGAAUCUUCCACUUCUAGAGUGCCUGGCCUUCCUUCCAUACGCCGUGCAGCAGUGCAGGCCUGGCUGGAGACGGUCUCUGGAGCCCCAUUGGAUGAGAAUGACCUGGAGGAAGAUGUGGACUCGGAGCCAGCAGAGAUAGAAGGGGAGGCAGCAGAGGAUGGGGACCCUGGGGACACUGGUGCUGAGCUGGAUGAUGAUCAGCAUUGGUCUGAUGACAUCCCAUCAGAUGCUGAAAUGGAGCUUCGCUUGCGACGCCACCCUGAAGUAGAAGCAGAGUUAGAGCUGAGGGUAAUAGAAAAUGAGGAGGAAAAGCCAUCUGCCUUACCAGUGCAACAAGAAGGAGGUCCUUCUCAAGUCUCCAGCCCCAUCCAGUCCCCUCAGGAACAAGCCAUUCUUUCUACCCCAGCAUCCAGCCACAUAGCAGAAGGACCCCAAACCCCACUUGCCUCUGUUGCCACCAAGAUGAAAUCCCCUGAGGAGCGCUUUUUCCCUGACCCUCUGCUCCCCAAAGAGAAGCCCAAAGCUGAAGCUCCCCCGGAUCAGAAGACUGCAACCCCUCCCAUCCGGUCACAGCCUGUAUCUCUGCCAGAACCAAGGACACCUACCUCACCUGUGAGCUCACAGUUUGUGGCUCAGGUGGCCCCUUCUGCAUCCCCUUCCACCCAGCUCCCUAUUUGCUCCCAGCCUCAGCCUUCCUCAGAGGCCACCAUCCCAUCCCCCACUGAGUCCCCCAUACGCUUCCAGCCUGUUCCAGCCAAAGCUUCUACCCCUCUGGUCCCCUUACCUGUGAAGAGCCAAGCUGAUCCCAAGAACAGACUGGACAGCCCUCUUGCUGUGGAUGAAGCCCUGAAACGGAGUGACCUGGUGGAGGAGUUUUGGAUGAAAAGCGCUGAAAUCCGCCGCAGUCUGGGACUCACACCUGUAGAGCGAAAGAAAGGGCCUGAGCCCAGCUUCCCCUCACCUGCCUUCAAGCCAAUAUCCCUAAAAUCCUUUUCAGUUGAGAAGUCCCCUCAGGAUGAAGGACUUCAUCUUCUGAAACCUCCAUCUAUUCCUAAAAGGCUGGGCUUGCCAAAGUCAGAUGGUGAGCAGCCCUCCCUGCUGACUCCCAAAUCUCCAUCUGACAGAGAGCUGAGAAGCUCCCAUGAAGAGCGGAGGGAUCUAUCCAGCAGCUCUGGCCUGGGCCUUCAUGGGAGCUCCUCAAACAUGAAGACCUUGGGCAGCCAGAGCUUCAACACCUCAGACUCCACCAUGCUCACCCCACCUUCAAGCCCACCGCCACCCCCACCCCCAGAUGAGGAGCCCGCCACCCUCCAAAGAAAGCCCUAUCAGAUAUUUGAGCAUAAAGAAACUGAGCCAAAAUCCUCCAUUAUCCCACCUCCUCCACCUGCCACAUUUAUGCGGCCCCCACGAGAGCCUGCCCAACCCCCCAGGGAGGAAGUGCGGAAGUCAUUUGUAGAGAGUGUGGAUGAAAUCCCCUUUGCUGAUGAUGUGGAGGACACCUAUGAUGACAAAACUGAGAACUCAAGUCUGCAGGAAAAGUUCUUCACACCCCCUUCCUGCUGGACCCGCCCAGAGAAGGCCCUCCACCCACCCCUGGCCAAAGAGAAUGGACGGCUGCCUUCUCUGGAGGGUAGUGCCCAGCUGCAGAAGAGGGGACUGCCCUUGGUCUCUCCUGAAGCUAAGGAGCUGGCUGAGGAACGCAUGCGAGCCCGGGAGAAGUCUGUGAAGAGCCAGGCACUGAGAGACGCCAUGGCCAAGCAGCUGAGUAGGAUGCAGGAGAUGGAGAUGGCAGCUGGGGCCUCCAGGUCCCGCAAGGCUUCCUCAGCACCCUCCCAGAGCAAACAACUUUUGAUGGAAUCCUCCAAACCCCCAGGUCUCAGAGGCUCUGAGGAGCCUACUCUGAAGCAUGAAGCCACUAGUGAGGAGGUCCUCUCCCCUCCAUCAGACUCAGGGGGCCCAGAUGGUUCUGUCACCUCUUCUGAGGGCUCCAGUGGGAAGAGCAAGAAGAGGUCAUCCCUCUUCUCCCCCCACAGAAACAAGAAAGAGAAGAAGUCCAAAGGGGAGGGCCGACCCACAGAGAAACCCAGCUCACGCCUUCCAGAGGAAGCAGCCACCAAACCCAAGUCCUUGUGGAAGUCAGUCUUUUCUGGGUACAAGAAGGACAAGAAGAAAAAGGGCGACGAGAAGUCCUCCUCCAGCACCCCAUCCAGCGGAGCUACUGUGGACUCUGGCAAGCACAGGAUGUCUCCUAUUGUAAGAGCAGAGCUGCAGCUCCGGCGCCAGCUGAGUUUCUCGGAGGACUCAGACCUCUCCAGUGAUGACAUCCUUGAGAGGUCCUCCCAGAAGUCCAGGAGAGAGUCGAUUUAUGUACCACACGCCUUGGCAUUCAGGAGAUCCUAUUCAUCAAAGCCAAGAACCUACACAGAAGAAGAGUUGAAUGCCAAGCUGACCCGGCGUGUGCAGAAGGCAGCUCGGAGACAGGCCAAGCAAGAGGAGCUCAAGCGGCUCCACCGAGCCCAGAUCAUCCAACGGCAGCUGGAGCAGGUGGAAGAAAAGCAGAGGCAGCUGGAAGAGAGAGGGGUUGCAGUGGAGAAAGCACUCCGAGGUGAAGCAGUUGAGCCCAGUGGCGGGACUCCACGGCGUAGACCUCUCUCCUUCUGCCCUUGCUGUGUCCAGGAAGGCAUGGGCAAGAAGGAUGACCCUAAGCUGAUGCAAGAGUGGUUCAAGCUGGUGCAAGAAAAAAAUGCCAUGGUGCGCUAUGAGUCGGAGUUGAUGAUUUUUGCCCGAGAGUUAGAGCUGGAAGAUCGGCAGAGCCGACUACAGCAGGAACUGCGGGAGCGGAUGGCAGUGGAAGAUCACCUGAAGACCGAGGAGGAGUUGUCAGAGGAGAAGAAGAUCUUGAACGAGAUGUUGGAAGUUGUGGAGCAGAGAGACUCUCUGGUGGCCCUGCUGGAGGAGCAGCGGCUCCGGGAAAAAGAGGAGGACAAGGACCUGGAGGCGGCUAUGCUGUCAAAGGGUUUCAGCCUGAACUGGUCCUGAGUUUGUGGCCGUUACACUGCUUGGAAUGUCAGCAUCCACCUGGCUAUGUUCUCCCAAACCACCUGGAUCUAAGGUCCAAGGAAGCCUGGCACUUCCUGGGAGUUUGCAUUCAGCCAUCCACAUGCUCAUGUGCUGUGGUGAAACCCCAGGUGAUGAUGAUUAUCUGAGAUGACUCCGCCUCCUGAGAAGAGACCCACCUGGACUUCCCACUCAAGAAAGAGAAGCAGAGCAAGAGAUGUAUGGUGCAGUGGGGGAACUCCGCACAGUCCCUGAGGACCUGUUGCCUGGUGCCCCUUCCUUCCGCCAGCAUGUUUGGUAAGAGAAGGGAGCUGCUCCUUCUCUUCAAAGACACCGCCACUACAGAGAGCACCCUGCAGAACAGGGCAGCUGCCUUCUUCAUGCUCCCUGAAGCACCACCAAAGAAAGAAAAAAACACCCCACAAGCAAGAUGUGGAUAGAGUAUGGGAGAGGGGCAAUGACCGGUCAGGGCAGUGACCACCCCAGCAUUGCAGGGGAAGCUGAGGGAUAGGCAGGCUCUGAGUUCAUUAUGCAAAUUAUGAGGAUGCAAGAGGGGUCUGUCCCCAGCCCCCACACAACACACUAGACUCCGAGUGGCCAAAUGCCCCAGGCCUCUCUCUGGCUGAGGCCCGAAGCCCAUGGAUUGCUGCAUUUUGCUUUUAGUUCACAACCAUUUUGACACUGGAAAGUACUAACUUUGGGGACGGGGGGGACCCUACACAUCAAGCCCCCCAUUGACAGACAGGCAUUGUCACAAUUCAGCGCUUCACAGUGGGGCAAGAGAUUCCCUUCUUCCUUGGUGUUUUUUCCUGUGUUUGCACAUUGAAAUGAAGCUGAGGACCUGGCAAGAUGCUCAGCCACUUCAGAUCUUUUUUGUCAAUUAACUUAUUUUUUUAAUACUUGAAAAGAAGCAACUUCAUUUUUAUAUCUUUACUAGAGACACUGAUCACCUGGCACCUACAUAUAGGGGUAACAGAGGUCUGCUAAGUCCUACACAGCCUGAUUCAAAACUGACUGAACGCUUGUUAUAUGCAUCUAUUUAUUAGCCUUCUUCAUAGUGUUACUGAUCUGGUUGGCAUCAGGGAGCAGCUUGAGACCCUCUGGGUCCUUGCUCACAGCUUUUCUGUCCCCCUGUGACUGUGUCCAGCCCUCUCCUCCUCCACAGGCACCCUGCUCUUGCUGUGGCACUGGACUUUAACAUCAGAACCAUUAACUUGUCAAGGAUACAUUUCAGCACUGUCAGCAGCCAUGCUGAAAGGCAAAGAUGCCACGCUGGUCUCUCGCUGUUGGAAUGUUGGCUCUGUAGGACCCAUUGUUUUCUCAAUCUUGGUGCCAGGGUUUACGUCCUUCCACGCAUAUGUUAAAGAAGAUUUGGGGAUAAGCCCUCUUCUAGCUGGCUGAGAGGGUGUCAAGUGGCUCCUGUGAUCUGUCUGGCUGAUAGGAAUUCCCUCAGCCUAGCUGAAGGUCCAGCCAGACAGGAAAACAUGUGCUGCUGCCAGUAUCAACAUUUAGGCUGGUCUCUCACAGACAGGCAACUCCAGCCCUGUCUUCCCUCCCCUGAAUUAGAAUCUUCUUGAGGUGGUAAGGGCUAAUAAGUACCAUGUAACUAGCUCUACAAGUCAAACUGUUCAUUUUUCAUGGUUCAACCAGAGAACGGGUGUGUACAAUUCAUCAAGCCACUGACUAAGAAGGUCAAGGGCUGGGGAGUGCUUGCCUAUCAAAAGAAUUAGCACAUGGUCAUCCCAGAGAUGAUUCCAUCAAUGCCAGGCCAGUCUCGAAGGGGCUCUGCAGCUGACUCCUUGUGGGAAGGGCCGGUGUAGAAUGAAUAGGCCUGGCAAUUCUUCAGAUGUCUGUGGGGCAGGACAGGCCAAGGGUCCAUACUGACCUUGGACUUCCCAUGGGAACCACACUGUGCCUCAACUCGAACAUUCAUUCUAACUACAAUGGAGCAAAGAAUCUGUCCUAUUCUUCAGUUUCUCUAAAAGCUGCCAUCUUUCUCCUGUGGAAAUCCAGAUGUGCUGCUAGCAACCAUCACAACUCUGACUUCUUCACUUCCUGGUUUCUAGUGAGGCAACAUCUCCAUUUUUAUUCUCUGUUCCUAAAAGUGAGGAGGAGGGUGUUCUAGAUUCCAUCUUCACACCCCAAUCUUCCAGUAAAAUUGGGAUAGGACUGUCAUGGCCUUUGUGGCCUUUUACUAACCCUCUCUCUUGAAUGCCACCACAACAGUCAAGCCCCAGCAAAGCUGCCUCUGUCCCUGUCACUCCUGCUAAACCCAGAACUAGGAAUUGGUUUCCAAAGUGACUCAAAAGGGAUGUGGCAGUAGAGCUGUGCUUCAAAUGGCCUCGUGCAGCAGAAACACCAGUCCCAGCCAACUUUGGCAUCACUUCAUCCUUCAAAGCACAUGCUGCUCCUAUUGUCACUCAAAAGGGGGCUAAAGAUGGCAGAGAAGCCUCAACCAGCCUGUAAGAUGCCUCCCAGUUUUCUAUUCCUGACAGUGUUAAGGCUUCAGGUUCUCAUAGAGCACUUUAAAAAAUAAAAAUUAAAAAAUUUUUAAAAAGCUCCCAGUUUGUAACCACUAGUUUGCAGUUGAUUUUAGUGAUCUGGUGACUUGCUACAUGAAAUGUUUUCCACUCUGGAAAUGCAUGCAGCUCCAAGCAGAUUUUCUUCCCAAGAAUUAAGUCUUCCCUUGAAGGCAGGGAAGCAGGGUAUAUAUACAUGCAGACACACACAAAAUGUUGGAGUUUAUUUGAAUAAACCUAUACAAGUUUAUGUAUAGUUGGGGAUCCAUGUUCAGCAUCCCUGGUGGGCAGAAGUUGGCCCCUAACUCCCAAGUUUGAGGAUGGCCAGCAGCUGUGUGUGGGAUCCCAACCCCGUUAAUGUCUUUGGACCUUUGCCCCUAGCAGCCACUCUAAAGCUGAUUUUGACCAGCAAUGAUAGACUAUUCUUAACACUUUCAAAGGAGAAGAAUUUUUUUCAAUGGAACAGAAAGGAGGAAAGAGUUAAAACAAAUUUACAAGUUGAGGGUGUAGCUCAGUGGUAGAGUAUGUGCUUAGCAUGCACAAGGCCCUGGGUUCCAUCCCCAGCACUGCCAAGAAAAAAAAAAAAAGUUAAAAGGUGGUAAUAUCUGACCCACAAAGGGAAA